AUGAAUCCUUGUGUUUUUAUUAUUUUGUCACUUCUCUUGACUACAACUGGCAGCCAAUUGGUAGCUGCUGGAGGAAAUGAUAUGAAAAAGAAGUGUUUGGAUAAUGAGAGACUUGCGCUCCUUCUCUUCAAAGCUCCCCUUCACGACCCUUAUGAUACUCUCUCUACAUGGAGAUCUGACCAACAUGACUGCUGUAAAUGGAGUGGAGUCGAGUGCAGCAACCAAACUGGUCAUGUCACAGGGCUUGAUCUCAAUGAAUAUUUGCUUGAAGGUGAGAUAAGCCAUUCACUGCUUAACUUAAACUACUUGAAAGUUGAAUCAUCUUGA